AUGCCGUUGCCUUCAAUGCCGGCGAGGGCCCUGGCCCAAACUAUUGCCGCAAAGCAGCGCACCAGCACCAUUUUCAACGAUGGGGCUCCCGCACGCCGUCCCAGCGCAUGCGGGGCGGAUCAACAGACGCAGAACUUCGUCAGAAAUCUUCGAGCCCACACUCCCCGCUCCCCAUCAGUGGGCCGCUCUUCCUCAAGCCUUGCCUCCCAGCCACGUGAGCGCUCUCAGAGACACUACAUGAAGGCAACCAGCAGCUCGCGCCGCCGCAGCCGGAACGCAGGGCUUGGGGAUGACGUCUUGGGAGGUGGUUUCCCUCAUCAGAUUGCGCCGUCAAAUUAUUCGCCUUCUUCCCGCCUCCGCAGCCAAAGUCCGUGCAGAAGUGCCAUUCCGCCCGUUGCAUCCACUGCAACGCAUGUUCCAACGCGGGCAGCUACUAUGCGCCAGGGCCCCCCUUUACCUAGGAGCCGUGCCCCUUCGGUUCCUAGGGGCCUGCAACUGCAGCAACCCCCGCCGACCCUUUCUAACGGUGGCCUCCGUCAGCACGGAAAAUGUUUCGCGGGUAUUUCGACGUAUUCCUCGCAGCUUGAUAGCGUCCAUAGCAGUUUACUACCGAGGCCACGGCAGCAGCAGAAGCCUCAGGAUCCGCUGCAGACAAAUCAAGGAAGUUUGGGCAGCAGCUGGACCGUUCGAGACCCGCUUACGAGCGCUGGGAACGCACAUGCUGAUUUGGUGGAUAUUGAUGACCAGCCUCUGCAACUUGACGCUUCCGAUCAACGGGAGCUCGCGCAGUUAACCGCCUCCAUUGAGAGGGCAGCCCUUCUCUGCUGCUCCACAGAGACCUCUAACGAGCGAACCCUAGCCAGCAAUGCCAGUCCGUACUGCACUGGGUCGACUGCUGCUCCGCCGCGAAGUAGCAUCGAAAGCCUGUCACAUUUCUCAGGGAUCCCCAAGGGCCACGACCACUCUCUCACCACUGUAAAGCGUCAUCAGCAUAUCAAGGGGUCUACCUCUACAAGUCAGUCUGCUGGACGACAGCAGCAGGAACAGCCCCAACAACUGGAACCCCUGCAGCAGCAAAAUCAGCAGCAGCAGCAGCAGGUGAUGCCACGGUCUUGGCCUUUCCCUCCGCAGCCUCAGGAACCCAGCUGUGGUUUCAAUAGGGGUAUGGAGAGACUUGAAGAUAUCAGUUCCGGCCCUCGGGGUGGCAGGAGACCCGGAGUGGCCCCUUCGUCCUUCGGGAUACCAGAGGCAACCCCAGGGCAUAGGGUUUAUUGUGAGGGUUUGCGACGGUUGAUGGGUACUAUGAAGUUUUGCUUGCGGUUCGUUGUGCUGCUGAUUGUUUGCCUUUUUCGCCUGCUCAACACUUCGUACGAUUCGUGGAGCGCGGCCAACUUCAGAAAAGCCUUUGAGGAAAUUUUGGCAGGCCCCGCCAACGGAGGGGGCAAUGCGGACACCUCCAAGCUCCAGGAUUUGUUGAAGCGCAUUAGCGUAGGGUGCACUGCUCGGAGCCAGCAGCAACAGCAGCAGGAGCAGCAGCAACAACACCAGCCAUACCAGCAACAGCAGUGCCAACCGCCCUAUUCUAGCAGAAAUUCAGCAAAUGCGCGUUCGAGUCUGGGCAGUUUGCAGCAGUAUGAAUCAAACAUAGGCAAGAACACACCAAAGAGAGGGUUUAACUUUCUCUCAAGUGGCAAGAAAGCAGAGGGUGAGGUCUUGGGGCUUCACCGCCCUGCUUUGAAGGCUCUAUGCUUGGUCGUAGUAGUUGUCUCUCUACUGUGCUGGUUGUUCAUUACAACUGCGCCGAAGGAGGAGUUUGUAGACUUUGAUUUGAUGUGA